AUGUUAACAAUAUACGUAUGUAUUAGGCAAUUAUUGAUUAGAUGUUUAAAUAUAUUCAAAUACACAAGAAUAGAAAAUGUUGAGUAAGGUUAUUAGAUGGAGAGUGUGAAUAGAGACAUUGAAAAUAAUAUGAAUGCUGAGUUAAGUAAGUAUAAUUAAAAAUUGUAUUUAGGAGCUCAUGAGGAUUCAUUCAUUUAAAAUCCUGAAAACAAAAUAGAAGAGUUUGAAAAUAAAGCAAAUUUUUAAGAUUGUGAAUAGAUUAUUGAUGAGGAAGCAAUUAGAUAAUUUAUAGAUGAUAUUCCUCAUAUCUCAUUUUCAUAAUCUGAAUUAAUGAAGGAAAUAGGAGAAAGAGCUAUUGUAGCUUUUUCUGGAGUGAUAGAUAAAAUGGAUGGAUUUGAAUUGCUGGAAGAAGAUCAUGACUUUAAUUUUUGGAUAAAAUAUGUUGAGACUCCUGAAAAAUAUUAGAUUGGAAUAAUGAAAUAUACUUAUACUUUGAAUACCUCAAUAGAAUCCUACAUAGAAUUCAUGAAGAAUUUACAAUUACAUAAGCAAAUGGAUAAUAGUAUUGAUGCUUUUGAGAAACACUAUGAAGAUAACAAUUUAUAGAUUAAUUAUUUAAGAUAUAAAAAGAUUAUGUUUAUGGACCCACGUGACUUUUUAUACAUAAAAUAUACUGAUAGAAAGGGAGAUGAUUGCAUAGAUAUUUCAAAAUCCAUUAACAUAGAUCAUUUCUAACCUUAGUAAAUUAUUUAUUUUAUAUAUGUAGAGAAGCAUCUACUAAACAAUGUACUAGAGCAUUGCUAUUAUUAAGUGGAAAUCAAAUAAAAUAAAUUGAAGAAAAUAAAAUAACGAUUACAACUUAUUCUGAAUGCAAUAUGAAAUUGAAAUUAAAACCUGUUAUGACAAAGCAAGCAAGCAAAAAUGAAAUAAAAAAAAUGGUUAAAAGAUAUCGUGAUCAUUUUAAUUAAUGA